AUGGAGACCUCUGAAGCUAUCAGCAACAGACAGCGACUCGCAGACCGAGGAGUUCCAGAUUUCGCACCUUUGUCGAAUGAGCUAUACUGUGCUUCACUCGCGGCAAGAGACACAGCAGCCAAACGUGCGAGUGUGAGUACUGCAUGCUUUGCACAAAAGGAUGUGGCAGCUCUUGAUCAUGAAGGACUUUCACCUGUCAAGAGUCCGGCACGUUCAAAGUCUCUAGGGAAAAGCUCUAGGUUUGCUAGCUUCAGAACACUUUUCCGCUCCCGCAAGUCGCAGCAUCUUCGCCUCAUGUCAGAGUCAUCAAUACAGUCUGAUAAGCCCACCAUCGUGAUUGAGGAGGGCUGUGAGAGUGGCUCUCAAGACCAGCAGCAGCCCGUGGGACUUCAGGUCGGCCAAUGCAGCAGCUUUCUGAACGAAGAUCUGGAGGCAAGGAAAGUCAGUGAUAAGACUGUGUACUCGCUUCAUUCGGACCUAACUAGCGUGACCGUUUGUCAUAAUCCAUCGAAACGAAAGUCGAUGCCCAUUGCCCUAGUGGACCAAGACUGCCUCUAUCAUGAUCUCUACAGUGAUAAUCAGGAGAAUACCCAUGCCACCCCGCGCUCCAGCACCAAUUUCGGGGAUAACCCCAAGUCUACGACACGCUCUGCCCGACAGCAGGGUUCCGAGUGCAGUGGUGCGAGUGGCUUGUCCACCUGCCCGAUUCGGACUCUCGAGAAGCCGGAGAAUCCCUUUGCCCAGGCUAGGUCCGGUAGAUCGCGAGGCUCAUCAAGGCAAAGCUCGGAUUUGUCUACCACAUUGGAUGAUAGUUACUCAUUGGCACAAGGUGAUCGCCGCGCGGCUGUUAUAGCGUUCAAUGAGCUGGCCGGCAGGUUGCAUCUCGAACUGCUGGGCUUAGACGAGGCUGGAGGUGGUCAUGGGGAAGAUGAAUGGAGUCCUGUAUCAGGCGCUGGAAGAUGUCCUGGUAGUCGCCAAUCUCACGCAACCAGCGGAGAGGAUCAUCCAAAGCGCUGGGAUAGGUUCUACGGACGCAUACGAACCAUGCGGUCGACGCUUCAGCUCGGGUCAUCAGAUGCACCCCGCAAACGAACUUUACGUCGGAUGAGAACGUUUGCCAGCGUUUCGCGCCGAUCCUACGAGAUGACCUCAUUGAAGGGCAAGCCGUUAGGUCAUCUGGCUCGGCUGGGGGGCUACAAUCUGCUGGCGCUUCCAGCCGAUUUCGCUCCUACGAAGCUGAGGCUACCCGUUUGUUUCGUGGCGAUUAUCACCUAUCUGGGAUGUUUUGCUCCCACCGUACGAAAUGUCUUCAUCGAUCCCGGCAAUCCGAAGAUAGCCACGCGAACGUAUGACUACUUUGCCAAUCAGGUGCUAUCGGUGGAGAAGCAGCAUGAUCAAAUCCAGAUGACGAUCGGGAGUAGCGCAAUGCCUCUGGAUGUAGUCGACCCUCUGCACCACGACGGUGAUAGCGGCGACACCGUCCAGGUGCUGAGUGUCGCGUGGACAUUCAAGGCUCUGCUGGCGGGGCUCCCUGGCGGCAUCCUAGGAUCGGCCCGGCUCUAUCAAGUGCUGGUCCAGAUCUGCCACGGCCACAUCAUGGACGAACCAAUUGAACGGCGGCGGAGCUGUUAUGGGGGACUCUCGCCCCGGGGCUACGUCAAGAUCAAGGCCAUCAGCCUGGCGAUUCUAGCGCUCAGCGACUCGAUGCAGUUGAACCUUAUCUGUGGAGUGUUCGGGCUCAGCGCGCUGUUGCUGCAUGAGACGCAGCGCCUGAUCGAGCUGGAACGCCAAGGAUAUCGAGGCAGCGUAUGCCGGGCCAGUGUCGGGUCGGGGCUGCUGAACCUAGACCGACUUAGUGGAGUGCUGGCGCCACUCCUGAUGGAGCGCGCUGGGGAGGAGCAUGAUGAUACGUUCGGAGCCAUUGAGCGCGAAAUUGAAAGCCAGCGGGUGGCGGCGAUGCUCAUUAGGAGCUGGCGGGGGGUGAGUCGGCAGCUGCGGAUCUGGGAGCAUCGGGGAGCCAUUCAACACCACCGUGCUCGUUCGCGAACCUUCAGCGGGGGGCGGUCGUCAGUGGAAGACUGA